UCUGGGCCUCAGCCUCUGUCAUUCUUGAGCGGAUUGUUUGUUGUCAAAAUGGAGUUUUUACUCGGCAAUCCGUACAGCACUCCCGUGGGCCAGUGUGUAGAGAGGGCCACAGAUGGAGGACUACAGAAUGAGGACUGGACCCUCAACAUGGAGAUCUGUGACAUCAUAAAUGAGACGGACGAAGGGCCAAAAGAUGCCAUGCGAGCACUGAGGAAGAGACUCAGUGGCAACAAGAACUUCAGAGAAGUGAUGCUGGCGCUAACGGUACUGGAAACAUGCGUAAAGAACUGUGGUCACAGGUUUCAUGUCCAGGUGGCCAACAGAGAUUUCAUCGAUGGCGUUUUGGUUAAAAUCAUCUCCCCGAAAUCCAAUCCUCCAACUAUAGUUCAAGACAAAGUGCUAUCGCUCAUACAGGCCUGGGCCGAUGCGUUCAGGAGUAGCCCUGAUCUUACUGGCGUCGUCCAUAUUUAUGAGGAACUUAAAAGGAAAGGCAUUGAAUUCCCAAUGGCAGACCUGGAUGCACUGUCUCCCAUUCACACGCCACAGAGGGGUACUCCUGAGGUGGAUCCGGCCAUGAUCAAGUACCUCGCCCCUAAAUCACCUGCUGUUGAGACUCCGAAACCUGCCCCGACUCCUGUCCCCGCUGCGCACGUCUCCACCGUGCCCGGCCCCAUCAUAGCUACCCCUGAACAGAUCGCUCGGCUGCGCAGUGAGUUGGACAUAGUGAGAGGAAACGUCAAAGUCAUGUCAGAGAUGCUAACAGAGAUCGUCCCCGGCCAGGAAGAUGCCUCUGACCUAGAACUGCUGCAGGAGUUGAACCGGACAUGCAGGGCGAUGCAGCAAAGAGUGGUUGAGCUGAUUUCACGUGUUUCUAAUGAGGAAGUGACCGAGGAGCUGCUACAUGUCAAUGAUGACCUCAACAACAUUUUUCUCCGAUAUGAGAGGUUUGAGAGGUGCAGGUUGGGUAGAGCGGCGCAGAACAAUGGGCUGUCAGAGAUGUUGAAUGAGGCCACAGAAGACAACCUGAUAGACCUGGGCCCUGGUUCCCCUGCUGUGGUCACACCCAGGGUCACAUCCAGCCCCCCACCUCAGUCCACUGUUGGGGCCACUACCUCCCCACCUCAUCACCCCACUACAGCAUCACUGUCCACUGCUCUAGCUGGCCUUGAUGUAGGUGCAGACAGUGUGAGCAGCACGCUGUCGUCUCUACCGGGCCGCAAACAGGAUGACUUUGACAUGUUUGCCCAGACCAGGAGUAGCUCGCUGGCUGAACAACGCAAAAAUGUAAAGUAUGAGGACCCACAGGCCCUGGGUGGCCUGGCCUCAGCUCUGGAUGUGAGACAGCACAACACAGGAGGGCUGAGGGUAAAAGGUGAUGAUAACCCAGCAGAUCAGGAGCUGCCCAUAGACAGCUGGCUAAUUACCCAAGGAAUGAUCCCUGUCUCGCAGUCCUCUGUCAUGGAUGACAUAGAGGAGUGGCUCUGUGCUGACGUGAAAGGGGAUGCCAGUGAGGAAGGGGUGACAAGUGAAGAGUUUGAUAAGUUCCUGGAAGAGCGAGCAAAGGCAUCGGACACCCUUCCAUCUCCUCCGGCAGCUAACCAUGCUCACCCAGCCCGAGCCCCUGGUGGCUCCCUCAAGAAGGCUGAACGGACAGAAGAUGCCCUCUUUGCCUUGUAGUCUGUUCCCCCCCGAGAACCUUGAUGCCUCUCCAGGGCAUCUGAAGGACUGUCUUUCUAGUGCCCUUUCAAAGCUAUUAGCCGAUCAGCACUGCUCUAGCAAGUGCUCUACUCCUCUUUGUCAUGCUUGUGCCACAGUGUUGCUCUAAUGUACAGAGUUCCAACAUGUGUGCUGUGCAUUACUGUGCUGCAUUUAACUAUAUAUGGAUGUAUUAACCUGUUGUAUGGGAUGUACGACUUGCAGACUUGCGUUUAUAACAUUCCGCUAAAGGAGGGCAACAUUUUUCCGAUGUGGUUUGAGAAAAAAAAUCAAAAAAACAUGGACUAUUACUGCGAGAUUAACGCAAAGAUUGCUGCAGGUCCAUGGAUUGAGUCAGUAUGAAAACAAAAUUAGGACAAUAUUGUACUACAUUCAUCUGAUUUCUAAUUUAUGCAUUUAUUGUUUUAAUAAUUUUGUUCUGUACUCUGUACUAGCUCUGUGGUUAUGGUUGAUCCAUGCAUUUUGUUUGUACACCAGAUGGAGUUAUAGUCAAAAAACUAAUAUGUGCAAUGGUGCCUGAAGCAAUGUAGAUAAAAUUAUGUUAGCAGGCAAACUUUGCUAACUGGGAAUACAACAGCUAAAUCAUAGCUAAUCGUGUAUGCCAGUAUUUGUUUAACCAAAGGGAUGUAGAAAAAAAACCUAAAAUCUGAAAAGCAGUAGUGAAGAAGGGGAAGGAAGUUGGUCCAUUGAUAUUUUCAGUCCUCUAAAAAGCUUCAACACUUAAACUAAGAGAAAUAUCUCAAACACUUGCUAACACGCGUAGCCGUUCCAAAGACUAUGAAGGCUUUAAUGACCAGCUAGCUCUUAAUAUUCCCUGCUCAUCAAUAAUCAUGUUGUUGUGUCAUGCACAUUUUCCUUCCCCUGCUAUCAUUAAGGUCAGUGCACUUUGAAGCAAAAACAAAUAUGUAUUUUCUCCUUUAUGUUUACAAGAUGGUCACUAUUUUUCUAGGGGAUGGGAAAUGGUCUUUAGAUUGACUUCAUUUUGCACAUAACUUUUCUAACUGUGUAAUUGCAGCUCCUGUUCCCACAGAAGUGGGUAGAUGAACUGUCAAAAGUGGGAUUGCAAAAAAAAAGUAUUAGAAAUUGCACAAAGAUACAAGCGAACGUUGUUUUUCAAAUUAUCAAGCAUUAUAGUUGAAUAAAGUACUCUUUAAGUAUUAAAGGAUGUGUUUGCAUAGAUGGGUCCUCACAUAUUCUAUACUGAAUAAUGUAUAUACCUCAAAAUACAGGAUUUUUUAAUUUCUGUAUCUGGUCAAAAUGUAUUAGCUCAUAAAACCCAGAAGGCAGAAAUGUUAAUGUAUUAUUUGGGCCCCUGAUUGUGUUUUUUAUAGGUCAUGUAAGGAAAAACGUGCUUGAACCUGUCUUGGAUCAAACAAACACAGUUAUACAUUUCAUGCAUGCAGUCAAUUAAAUUCAAUUAAUUUCAAUUUAAUUUUACUAUCUCUCAAGCUGAUUGUCCUGUUUUUAAGAGGAAGUCCAUUUCAAUCUUCAACCCUAAUCAGACUUUCUUGUUUUAUUAACAGUUUUCGCCAUAAUCCUCCCAGUGGAGAAGAAGAAGAUAUUCAUGAUUUGUGUCUAUAUAAUCAUUAUGAUUUAAAUAUUUAAAUGCAGUUGUACCAGUUACAGUUGUAAAAUCUAUCACUAAUGAGCUUUAACUGUCUUAUAUGCAGUAUGGUUAUAUAGGUUCAGUAUGUUUGCCAGCCAACUGAGAUAAUAGCAUUAAAUUUGCUGUUGAUUAGUGUGUGUGUUUUUUUUUUUUUUUAAAUCAUGCAGGCUAAACAUAAAGCAUUCCUAAAAUGAAUAAAAUGUUUUAUGUAUAUGUACAAUGUGUUUCUGGAUCAGUAACAAAGUGUCAUUGUGUGUUAAUUGCUUUUAUGAAGUCUUUAUAGCAACAUGUAUUCCUCGGAAUUGUGGCUAUAUCUCAAAAUUGUUACUGAAUGUCUUUUAAUAUAGAUAAGGCAGCAUUUAGUGAACAUUUUGUGGACACAGAUAUGAUGCUUAUUUUCUGCUGUUUGGUCUCUUGUGGGUUUAGCUUUUCCAUCUGCUGCCAUCACAUAAUGGUCAGAUUUUUUUGUUUGACCUAAUGCACGUUGUACGUAUGUAACUGCCCAAUAAAACACUAGCAGUGUGUGACCUCUA